UUCAAACACAUGUCUGGAGUCGGACUCUGGAAACUGAAUGGGUUGUUAGAUUAGAUGGUUUGAUUAAUAAUAGCGUUUUGAUAUGGCGACUUCUAGUAGUGAAUUUACGGAAUGGAAAAAUGGUAUUGUUGUGCAGUUGCAGAACAGAAAUAAAAUUCAAAGGGACUGUUUUCAGGAUCUUAUAACUUUGCACAACCGGCUGUUCGACAGCGCGGACGCGCUGCGCUCGGAGAACCUGCACCUGUCGAUCCAGAACGAGAGGCUGCGGCAGGAGAGCGGGCACGGCGGGGCGGGCGACGGCCGGCUGGUCGAGCGGGUGCAGGCGCUCGAGCAGAAGCUGCUCGGCCAGCAGGAGGAGCUGACGGAGCUGCACCGCCGCAAGGGCGAGAACGCCCAGCAGCUGGUCGAGAUGAACAAGCGGCUGCAGGAGAAGGAACGCCAGCUGCACGCCCUUGAGUUCAGCCUUUCGGAAAGCGUCGCCAGCAACACGUCGCUCAAGGCGGAGAUACAGAUGUACCAGAACAACGUCAGGGAGCUGGAGAACCUUAAUCAGAUGCUCAAGGACGAGCAUCAAGCCCUGCAUUUGGCGUUCGCCUCGCUGGAAGAGAAACUCAGGAAAACGCAGGAUGAAAAUAGGUGUUUGCUGGAACGACUGAUUACUUAUAAGGCUAAAGAUGCAGACAAAAUGAAUGAAGAAAAUGAAAACUUUGUCAGUGAAGGUGCACUAAACCCAACUGCCUUUCUGAUUCAAACACUUGGUCGUUUUGGGAAAAAGCAGGCCAAGCUUCAGAAAGAGUUGGAAGAGGCAGCCAAGGAUACCCGCACAGUCUCCCCAGACAGGCUCAAAGACUGUGCCAACCCCUUCCUAGCCAUGGCAGUUCCAACGCAAGUUUUCGUCAAAUUUACGACAGACUCAUUUUACGUUCCCCUUAUUGUCCAGGACGCUCACGAUGGGGAGGUGAACGCUGUCAAGUGGAGUCCGAUAGACCGUGUGGCUGCCACAGGUGGCGCCGAUCGCAAAGUCAAGCUUUGGGACGUGUCGAAAGAAACUACAGGGAUAGAGCUGUUAUCGGAGGGAGUGAAACUCAGUGGAGGUAGCAGAGGCUGUGAUUGGCCAGCAGACAAGGGAGGGGGGAAGGCAGCAGGCAGGCGGCAGGCUGCAGGAAGACCCUUGUUCAACAGGUCCAGGGCCUGACCAAACGAUGAAUUCCUAGGGAAUGUAUUUUUCUUUGUAUUGGCAAGCUUCGCAGGGCAGUAUGUCAUGGUGAUGGCAUACCAGGAAGUUAACUACCUUGCAAAACCGUCACAAAUGAGAUAGAUAGUCAGUAUUAAUGGCAAAUUGAUUAAUUUUUGUGAUAAUAUACUCGUCAUAAUUAAAUAAAACAUUUUAAUUUGUGAUUGGUUAAAUUCUAGACCCCAAAUUUCAGCCUCACGAUGUGUGUUGCUGUAAUACACAAACAAUAAUUGUUACAUAUAUUUUAUUUCUCCCCAAUAUCCAUAUAGGAUGGGAAACUUACAAAAAGAGAUACACCAAUUUGAAUGUGGCAACUUCAUAUUUAAUAAACAUGUUCCAAAUCAACGAGCAAAAAUAAAGUUUAGUGAAACUACAAUCGAGAUCCAAACAGAACACUUGAGUAUUAAAUAUUUAUGCAACUUUAACACUAAAUAUACACUACAUUAUAUUAAAAAAGCUCACCAAACUCCAAGUGACGAUUAUGGAAACCAGACAUUUGUCUAAAUGCCAUACUAUUGACAUACUUUUCCAUAAAAGACAACAUGAGCUUAGAAGUUCCUCUGAACAAAAAAAGUUCAUUCAUUACUACUAAUUUUAUGGGAGUAUUUUUUUUAUGAAUAUGACUCAAACAUUACUUAAAGUUUGCACUAUAAUGUACAAUAAUACAAAACAAACAAGUCUAUUAAACAAGAUGUUUAUCAACACAUAAAUUCUUAUCUUCUUUUAAAUGAAUUCAAUCUAUAGUACUCAAUCAUGGGUAUGUUGAACAGAAAGGAUAUUUUUGGUCACUAGGGACAAAGUCUCUUGGCUGGUUUCUUCUGUAUAACCUUAUCCAGGUGAAAUACUGUACCACUGAUUUUAGAGUGUUCACUGGUUGUCAGACUUGAGCAAUUAUCAAAUUAAUGCAGGUACAGCUUAGAAAUAUAAAUAUUACUUUUCUUAAAAAAAAAAUUUUUAUUAACAAGUGAUUCAGCUGUCACAUGUGUCUUGACCAAUAUCUAUAAGUCAUCAGUAAAUUAAGUGUACCUAAAAUUCAGUUAGUUGUGGUUAUUUUAAGCAUUAUGUGUGCUGAAUUUUUGUGUGUAGUUGGUGUUUUUUUGGCAUAUGCAUGUGUGUAUGCAUGUGAUUGUAUGUGCAGUUGUGCAAUUGUACUUAAAUCACGUUGAUUAAAUUGUGUAUCAUUGCAAAAAAAUGAUCUGCUUUUUAGAAUAAUUUUUAUGUGUAUCUUUAAUGUGCCUGGGGUUAAUGUGAUAGCAUGAAAUAAUAUGUAAAUGAGGCAUUUCAAUGUUUUUUGCAGUUUUUAAAAUUGCUUUUAACAUUGUUUUUUGUGUUGGCGCUGUCAGUUUGGAGUUCUCAAAUUAUUGUAACCAUUUUUUAAAUAUUAAAUUUAUGAUGAACAUAAAACUUAUUACUUGUUCAUGUCAAUUCUGUGCAUUCUAAUUGCUUAGCAUUUGUAAACUUAAGAAAAAAAUUGCUAAUUAAAAUUUUGUAAGUGUUAAAACUUUAUGAUAAAUUUUUAGUGAUUGAUUUGUCAAAAAUAAUGAAUAAAGUUGGUUUCAAAGAAUCGCUCAUUACAACAAUUCUGCAUUCGUAAAGUAGGAGAAAAGUAUUUAAAGUAGACUUAUUGAGUUUUUUUUAUAGUAGGUAGUAAUAAUACAGAUCACAAAUGUGAGUUACAAUUUUAAAGAAUUUUUAGUUUAUUAGAACCUCUUUAAGUCAGCACCUUUAAUUUGGAUUUCCAGGAAACCAUAUUUAGAGUAACAAAUAAACAAGAGACAAAUAAAAAUAAAGAAAUUUGCAGGAUAAUCACAGAACUAAAACAACAAAUAAACAUUUUAGAACUUGAAAACACAUUUUGCACAAGCAUUACAGGCAGAGUUAUUGCUUUAAUUGGUGCUCACAACCAUAAUUUUAGUGUACUGUAAAUGCACGUCAGCUGGGUUUGUACAUAAUGACAUGAUGGUAACAUUCGCUGAGCUUCCUGUGCUCAAAAUAAUUUGUGGUUGUUUGGUUCACAAUCUGUACUCCACGCUAAGGCAGCAAAAGGUUGUAAUAUACUUUCUCAAUAAAUGUAUGUUACUGGACGCAGUGGUUGUGCGAAUUUGUAAGUUAAGAAUAAGUUUCAAACAUGUUUAGUUCAAUUUGAAAUUUUUUAAAUGAUACAUUGUCAUACAGAUUUUUCAGAAAAAUUCUCCUGUUAACCUGGUGUUUCGCUAUCCCAUAUCAGCUAUGGUCCCAGUUGAUAUGACUCAUGAAGUUUUUAAUGUGUUUUGCCAUGUCUUUUUUUUAUUUAUGUAUUAAAUCCAAGCAUUCACAAGUAAUGUUGCUUUGUUGUUUAAAAAACCAAAUUCUUAAUUUCUUCAUUACCUACAAAGUGUUGCUUUUGUAAAAAAAUUAUUUGCUUUCAAUAUUGUGCUAGUAUUUGGUUUUUGCUGCUUCAAUAAAUGAGCUUUUGAUUUUAAAUUUGAUACCUAGUUUUAUUUUGUGAAUGUAGAGUAGAUUCCUAUUAAGAAAAUUGUUUGGUGCUUGCUUAAAUUGUUUCUCAUAUAUAUAUAUAUAUAUAUAUAGAGAGAGAGAGAGAGAGAGAGAGACACACACACACACAUAUAGGGUGUUGUAAUGUAUGUAUGACUUCGAUAAACUCGGACAUUAUACAGAUCGCCAUGAAAGUUUGCACAUCGAAGAGUUGUUUUUUCAUGGAGAAGGUUUUUAUGCUAUUUUUUUUUUUUUUGACUUGCCGCAAGAUGGCACUGAAAUGAUGGCGUAACAACUUCUAAACAGUUAAACCGAUCGCCAUGGGUAAAAGAAAAUCAUAGGUCAUAGACAUACAAACAGCAGUUGUGCGUAAUUUCUCUAUUUCCACCACAUUGUUAGGUAUAUAGCACCAUCCAUUUUGCUUUGACUCGCUGACUACAUACCACCCUGGGUUCAGCCCAGACAACACCGGGUACUACAGCUAGUAUCCUAUAUAUUGUUUCUAAUAUUGACAAUACACCUGUUAACGUAAUAUGAAAAAUUUUAGUGCGAGUGAUAAACUGCUGUUGCACAUCAGCCAGAGUGAAUGGUGGUAAACCAUUUAAAAAAAAAAACCUCCAAUCUUUUAUUUUCAAAAACAAAUUUUCCUCGAUUAUUUUAUUUACUAUAACAGCAGAAAAUAUGCACACAAAUUUGCACAUUGGAUUAUCUUUUGCUGGAGCUGAAAAUAAUGCUCAUGCCGGUAUGAGGUUAGUAGUAUGGAUAAAACUAUAGUAGGCUUGUGCUAACUGGCCAGUUGAAAGGACUCUCCUACAUGAAAUACAGGGAGAGGCAUAGGAACCAAGUGUUUUUCGAUUGGGUAGUACUCAGCCUUUAGAAAAUGGAGGGGUGCGCAGUUAGUUACCAUCUAUUUCUUGUCUAAAGCAUUUCUUUUUAAGUUAUCAUCAUGGAGCCGUGGUCAUUAGAGCAACGCAUAUUUGCAUGUAAUUGUUUUGUUAGGAGUGGCGAGUUGGUGAUUGUGGUACAGUGUGAAAUCUGCCGGAGAUUCAAUAUCAAUCGAAAUGACUGUUCCCGCCCGAAACCAUGGGUUAAUAAUUUUCAAAUAGAAGGCUCAGUAAUGAAAAAAAAAUCCAUGCGCCGUCAACGCACUGUGCGUACUCCAAAGAACAUUGAAAAGGUUAGACAAGUGAUACUACGAAGCCCACGCCUCUCUGCUUGUUGUCAUUUAGCUAGCUGAACUUCAAAUAAGCAGUUGUAUUGUAAGACAGAUUUAGCAUGGUGAAUUACGUUUUCACCCAUAUAAAAUAGGGUUGUCAGGAAUUGAAUGCAAGAGAUUACCCCCAAUGCUGGAAUUUUGCACAACAAAUGAUUGAACUUUAUGAGCAGAAUGAAAACAUGUUGUUGAUAAUGAGUGAUGAAACCCAUUUCCACCUUAAUGGGUCCAUCAACAGACAAAAUUUUCGGUAUUGGGCUGAUGACAAUCCGCGAGACUUACAUGAAAAACCACUUCAUAGCCCUAAGGUAACAGUUUGUUGCGCAAUGGAAAAAUUAGGUGUCAUGUUUUUUAAUUUGUUUUCAUUUAAAAAAAAUGUGGUUAUCGUUACUGUUACAUUAAUAUGGUGAACACCUUUUUCAUACCUGAUUUACAAAGAAGAGGUGUGGAUCUUCAAGAUUUGUAGUUUCAACAAGAUGGGGCUACGGCACCCAUCGCCAGAGCAUCUAUGGCUGUUCUUCGUCGUCUUUUUCCUAACCGUCUCAUUUCGAGAUUUGGUGACGUUUUAUGGCCUCCUCGGUCCCCUGACUUGUCCAUGAGUGAUUUUUUUCUGUGGGGACGUGUUUAUGAGGCUAAACCUCGUUUGUUAGAUGAAUUGAAGGAAGCAAUCUGUCAAGAAAUCACUCAAUUUAUCAGAGACCUGCUGGAAAAAGUGUAGGCCAAUUUUCUCAACGACUUCAACAAUGCAUCAACGAAAACGAACAAAACCUACCAGGUGUAAUUUUCCGUUCAUUAAUAUUUUAAAAUGUCUGAUGAAUAGUUUUUGUCAUAUCUUGAUUUGUUCUUUAAAAAAUAAUGAAACAAUAGUAUUUUUGAAUAGGGGUGAAUGUCAAAAUUGAGAAUUGUGAGUAGAGUGGAAUGAUAAGAUAGGGCAUGUUUCUAUAAGUAUUGGGGUGGAUGUAAUUUUAAUUAACUUUAAAAUCAUGUGGGUCUAAAUCCAUUUAGAUUUGUGGUGAUUAUUAUCACUGAGGCUUGUUCGACAAGAUGUUUUGUUUUGACCAGUGCUGUUACAAGACAGACUUUUGAAUCCAUUAUGUUAAUUAGUAUCCAUUCACACUGGUGCAUCACUCAAGAGCAGAUUUGAGAUGUUUUAACAAUUUGAUGAACAAUCAAUGCAGAACUGUAAAGCCUAAGAUUAUCAGUGGUUAGUUAAAAUAAUGUUAAAUCUUAAUUUUAAAUAUUUUAGUAAAAAUAUUUAUAUUACUUUUUAUUAGUAUG